CCGGCCCCGCGCUUCCUCCGGCCGCCGCGAAGACCCGGAGCGGCGCCGCCCCCCGCGCCGCCUCCCCGGCGGGGCUGGGCGCCCGCCCCGGGCAUGCUCAGUCGGCCGGGCCCCUUCCUCGGCCGGAGUCGGGAGCCCCGGCGCCGCUCGGGCCUGGAGCCGCCGCGGCGGGCGCGCCAUGGAGCCCUUCGCGCACGAUCGGCUUCAGCUGCCCAGGAAUAUGAUCGAAAACAGCAUGUUUGAGGAGGAACCGGACGUGGUGGAUUUAGCCAAAGAGCCUUGCUUACACCCUCUGGAGCCCGACGAGGUGGAGUAUGAGCCCCGGGGGUCGCGCCUGCUGGUGCGGGGGCUUGGCGAGCACGACAUGGACGAGGACGAGGAGGACUAUGCAUCGUCGGCCAAGCUGCUGGGUAUGUCCUUCAUGAACCGGAGCUCGGGCCUGCGGAAUGGUGCAGGCGGCUACCGGCCCAGCCCCGAGGGGGUGUGCUCUGUGCCCUCCGCCAGAACCAUGGUGGUCUGUGUGCUUGUCAUCAUGCUGGCCAUCUCAGUCAUCAUGGUCAUCUAUCUCCUGCCCCGAUGUACCUUUACCAAAGAAGGCUGCCACAGGAGCAACCAGUCAAUGGGACUCAUCCAGCCGCUGGCCACCAACGGGAAGCUGUUCCCGUGGGCACAGGCCCGGCUGCCCACGGCCGUGGUGCCGCUCCGCUACGAGCUGCACCUGCGCCCCAACCUUAGCAACAUGACAUUCUCGGGCUCAGCGACCAUCGCCGUCCAGGUGCUGCAGGCCACCUGGAACAUCGUGCUCCACAGCACAGGCCUGAACAUCUCACGGGUCACCCUCUCAUCCGCGGUCUCCAGCCAGGAGAAGCUGGUGGAGCUCCUGGAGUAUCCGUUCCACGAACAGAUCGCCGUCGUUGCCCCGGAGGCCCUUCUGGAAGGGCACAAUUAUACGCUGAAGGUGGAGUACACGGCCAACAUAUCCAACACCUACUACGGCUUCUACGGCCUCUCCUACACGGACGCAGGGAACCAGACCAAGUACUUUGCUGCAACUCAAUUUGAACCCCUGGCAGCAAGAUCUGCUUUUCCUUGUUUUGAUGAGCCAUCUUUUAAAGCCACAUUUGCCAUCAAGAUCACGAGGGAAGAACAGUAUACAGCUUUAUCGAACAUGCCCAAGAAAUCUUCAGUGCCUGUGGGAGAUGGACUUGUUCAGGAUGAGUUUUAUGAGAGUGUGAAGAUGAGCACCUACCUGGUUGCUUUCAUUGUGGGGGAGAUGAAGAACCUGAGUCACGACUUAAAUGGAACCCUGGUUUCUCUCUAUGCCAUACCGGAAAAGAUUGGUCAAGUUAACCAUGCCUUGGAAACAACGGUGAAGCUUCUCGAAUUUUUUGAAAACUACUUUGAAAUUCAAUAUCCACUUAAGAAAUUGGAUUUGGUGGCCAUUCCAGACUUUGAAGCAGGAGCAAUGGAAAACUGGGGAUUGAUAACCUUCCGAGAAGAAACACUUCUGUGCGACAAUAGUACCUCUUCAGUGGCUGAUAGAAAACUCAUCACGAAAAUCAUCGCCCAUGAGCUGGCCCAUCAGUGGUUUGGUAAUCUGGUAACAAUGCAGUGGUGGAAUGAUCUGUGGCUAAAUGAAGGUUUUGCCACUUUCAUGGAGUUUUUCUCCUUGGAAAAAGUAUUUAAAGACCUCUCCAGUUAUGAAGAUUUCUUAGAUGCUCGCUUCAAAACCUUGAAGAAGGACUCCUUGAAUUCAUCUCAUCCACUGUCAUCACCUGUCGGCUCUUCAGAACAGAUUGAAGAAAUGUUUGAUUCUCUUUCCUAUUUUAAGGGAGCUUCUCUUUUGUUGAUGCUGAAAACUUACAUGAGUGAAGAUAUAUUUCAACAUACGAUUAUUCUCUACCUGCAUAAUCAUAGCUAUGCAUCCAUUCAGAGUGAUGAUUUAUGGGAUAGUUUUAAUGAGAUUACCAACAAAACACUAGAUGUAAAGAAGAUGAUGAAAACGUGGACUCUGCAGAAGGGCUUUCCUUUAGUGACUGUUCAAAGAAAAGGGAAGGAACUCCAUGUCCAACAAGAAAGGUUCUUUUUAAAUAUGAAACCUGACACGCAGCCUUCAGACGCAAGCUAUCUGUGGCAUAUUCCACUCUCCUAUGUCACUGGGGGAAGAAAUUAUUCAGAUUAUCGAUUGGUGUCAUUACUGGACAAGAAAUCAGGCGUCAUCAAUCUCACAGUGGACGCGGAGUGGAUCAAAGUCAAUGCCGACAUGAGCGGCUACUACAUCGUGCACUAUGACGAGGCCAGCUGGGACGCACUGAUCAGACAACUGCACACGAACCCCACUGUUCUGAGUGACCAGGACCGGGCCAGCCUCAUCAACAACAUCUUUGAGCUGGCUGGCCUCGGCAAGGUUCCUCUUGAGAAGGCCUUUGAUUUGAUUGGGUAUCUUGGCAAGGAGAACUGCACUGCACCCAUCGCGGAAGCCCUGUUCCAGACGGGCCUCAUCUACGACCUUCUUGAGAAACUGGGACAUCAGGACCUCGCCUCCAGACUGGUAACCAGAGUAUUUAAAUUGCUCCAAGACCAAAUCCAGCGUCAGACGUGGACUGAUGAGGGCACGGUGUCUGCCCGCGAGCUCCGGGCAGUCCUGCUGGAGUUCGCUUGCACCCACGACCUGGGGGGCUGCCGCGCCAUUGCCAUGAAGCACUUCGAGAGCUGGGUGGCAGCCAAUGGCACUCACAGCCUCCCUACCGAUGUCAUGACCACUGUGCUCAAGGCUGGAGCCAAGACUGAGCAGGGCUGGGCGUUCCUCAGGAGCAAGUAUGUCUCCAUGACCUCGGAGAGAGAGAAGAGUAAAGUGCUGGCAGCUCUGGCCAGCUCAGACGAUGUGCGGAAGCUCUACUGGUUAAUGAACAGCAGCCUCAGCGGCGACACCAUCCGGACCCAGAAGCUGUCAUUUAUCAUCCGAAUGGUGGGCCGGCGUUUUCCUGGACACCUCCUGGCUUGGGAUUUUGUCAAGGAAAACUGGAGCAAGCUUGUGCAGAAGUUCCACCUGGGCUCUUACACCAUACAAAGCAUCGUUGCUGGAUCAACUCACCUGUUCUCAACAAAGACACAUUUGUCUGAGGUCCAGGCGUUCUUUGAGAACCAGUCAGAGGCGACCUUCCGGCUGCGCUGUGUCCAGGAGGCUCUGGAGGUCAUUCAGCUGAAUAUCCAGUGGGUGGAGAAGAACCUUAAAACUCUGAUGAAGUGGCUGUAGCAUGUUCAACUGCACCUCACAAUGUCGCCCGUUCUGAGAGCUUCAUAACUUUGGCUCUGCUGCUUUUUACAAAGGAAAAAAAGUAAAAGAG